AUGGAAGCCCUGGCCGCCGCGGCAGCGAGCCGCGAACUUCAGAGCGCUUUUCUGGGAGGAGUCCUUGCACUCUUUGUCCACGUUGCGAAGGGUGCCUUUGCUGGUAAGUCUCGCUCUUCCUCGAGGCUGCGCUGUGCUCUGCGGCCUGGUCGCUUGCUCGCUGCUUUCGGCGCCUGCUCUCUAGGAGGUCUCUGUGUCCAUGCAGCCAAAAAUGCUGUCCAGCACGGUCCCUUCUCUGUGAAGUUGAGGCGUCAACUCAUCCCGCUGCACAGCGAGGAUGGCGUGGUGCAUCACAAGAGCGCUUACUACGGCCAGAUCUCCGUGGGUGCUCCCACGCCGCAGCAGUUUGAGGUGGUGUUCGACACAGGGAGUGGGCACCUGGUCUUGCCUUCCAUCAUGUGCCGCGCAGAGACCUGCCUGAACCACCGCCGUUACCGGCGCCGAGCCUCCCUGGUCGCCAAAGAUAUCGACGUGGACGGUUCGUUGGUGAUGCCAAACCAGGCCCGAGAUCAAAUCACCGUGUCCUAUGGCACUGGUGAGAUCACGGGUAUCUUCGUGCAGGACAAAGUCUGCCUAGGGCCGCCGGCUCCCAAGGAGCCCGCGCCAGCAUCGCCGGCUGGCAGCGUCAGUGGAGCCUCGCUUCUGCAGCUGGACCGCGCCCGUGUGGAAACCGCCAAAUCACAGUUGCAAGAGGAUGAGGAGGAUGAGGAAGGCAAGCCACAGCCAGAGCACGGCUGCGUGGACCUUCGCCUCGUGUCCGCCACGGACAUGACAGACGACCCGUUUUCUAGCUUUCAGUUUGACGGCGUCCUGGGCCUUGGGCUUCCAAGCCUAUCGCAAACCUCGGAGUUCAACUUUCUCGAGGCUGCCUCGGGGGGCGGCUCCUGGAGUUCCUUGGUGCCGGAUGCGGAACGCAUGUUUGGCGUCUUCCUCGCCAAGUCUGGCAAGGAAGACAGCGAGAUCACCUUCGGUGGCUGGGCAGAUGACCACAUCUUGACUGGCCACGAGCUGGCCUUCUGCGACGUGCAGGACAGUGAGGAGGGCUAUUGGCAGCUCCAAGUCUACGGCAUCAAGGCCGACGGGCAGAAGCUAGACUUCUGCGACGACGGCUGCAGAGCAGUCGUGGACACUGGUUCCUCCCUUGUCGGUGUCCCUUCUGCGCUGGGCGAUCAGCUGGUGGACCUGCUCCGGUUCCCUGCUUCGCCUCAAGGCAGCUGCCGUGGAUCAGGGCCAAGGCUGGAGAUUGACCUCGGCAACUUCACAGUUAUCCUUGAUCCCUCAGACAUAGCUCGUCUGGAGUUUAUCGAUGAGGGCCUUGGUGCUGGGGAGGCCAAUGAGACGGCCGUCACUACGGAAGUGUCGGAGGUGCAGAGCAACGCUAGCAGCAACAACAGGCUGUCAGCAGGUGCCGCGGACCAAGCUUCGGCAGAGCCCGAUGCCCCAAGCUGCGUGCCAAUGCUCAUGCACAUCGAUCUCCCGGAGCCGCUGCACCCCAAGACCCUGAUCCUUGGAGAGCCGGUCCUGCAGAGGUACUACACCGUCUUCGAUGCGCGAGCUCCGCGGGUGGGUUUUGCCGCCGCGUACCAUGCGCAGGAGUUCCCAUCCCUGCCUACAGAAUUCAUGUGCAUGAGCUUCUGGGAGUGUCAGACAAGGCCAAACACGGAUCAUGACCUGGAUAGUGACGUGACACUAGAGGCUCCAAGACAGGCUUCCAGUGCUGGCCAGGCCAAUGAGGCCCAGGAAAAGACCGCUUUCUUCCUCUCAAGAUUUCUCUUUGUCAGAUGCUUCCAGCUCCGCCUACGCCCAACAGCCCUCAUGAAAAUGGAAGACCCAUGGGAAGCCAUUCUGGCCACCGGCGACGAGAACUUCGUGGAGGUUCCAACCACGCUCCUGGAGCGCCUACGGAAAGCUGGCGAGGCACAGCUCGCCGAGAUUGCUGAGCUCCGGGCACAGAUGGCACAGCUGCCCUACGUUGAGGACGAGAUCCACCGAAUGGAGCAAGAACUUGCAGAGCUGCAGACAACGAUCGUGGUCAACGCGAACGAGAUUGAGCUGCGGAACAUGGAGGCCGAAUCCAUGAAUUUGGAGGCGGAUCGCCUGGAGGCCACCAAGGCAGAGCGGAAGGCCCGCCUUGACUCCCUUACCGCUCAGGCGGAUGAGAUCGAGUUCUGGCUGGAUGCUGCAGGGCAUGCGCCCGUUGGAGCGGAGGGACGUGCGCGAGUGGAACGGUACAAGGCAAAGAUGCUGGAGGUUGUUGGGGAAACGAAAAGUGUACAGGGUGCCGUUGCAAACGAGGAGGCUGCUGCAGACGAGAACACACACAUGGAGGAGGCUCAAAGCAAGACGGCUGCGAGAGAGUUCUCGGUACCUUCAGCGACGGACUCGCCAGGCUGCACUACAGCUGACGAGGCAAAGAUGUUGGAGGAUGUGGGGGAUGCCGCAGGCGCGCAGGGUGCCGUUGCAGACGAGGAGGAUGCCGAAGACACGGAGGAGGAGGAGGAGGAGGAGGAGGAGCAGGCCGCUGAUUGUGUUGUGCGUGCAGAGGCAGAGGACGGUGACGAUGGCGAUGGCUUCACCAAAGAUGAGUGGAUGGAAUUCUUUCAGGAAGAUGGGGAUAUCAAUGACGAGGCUUCCGAUGUCUUGUUAGGCAGUGUAUCCUGGAAGGAAAUGAAGUUGCUUGAUGGCCUUCUCGAACAGAUGGAUGUUUCUGGCUGCGAUGGCCGUGUCUCCUCAGAUGAGAUCCAGGUGGCACUUGCACGUGAGGAUCUGGACAUUCCAGAGGGCGUGCGCUCCAAGCUCGUGGAGUUCAUGAAGGACGUGGAGCUGCUCGGUAAGUUCAAACAGUCCUUGCUUCAGAUUUCCUUGCGGCUGGCAUCCCUGCUGAAGAAAGUCAAGGGCUCAGCGUGCAAAGAAAUUGUGGAUGUUGACCGAUUUUUGGCAGACGAGAUCACUUCAGCAAACCCAUUAGCGCACGAAUGCGCGACCAACUACAUCAUGCUCGCUGGACAGGUCAUGCUUAGACAGUCUGCAGAAGAUUCUCCACGGCUGAAGUGCAUAGUGGACAUCGAGGCGCUCGGCCAGGCGCUUCAGGUGGUGGAGCAGAAGAACUUGGAGUACAUGAACCGCAUCCACAAGCAGGAGACCCGCGAGCAGCAGCUCAAGGGGGAGAACUCUACACUGCAGGAGGAGGUGGAAGCCAUCAGGUCCGAGAUAGAUGCCUUGCGGAAGCAGCUCGAGGGCGACGAAGAAAGCCGCACACAGUUCGAGCGUGCCAGAAGCCAGCUGGAGAUGACCAUCGAGUCCCUGGAGGUUCAAGUGGACACGCUCAAGAAGGCGCUUAGCACCGCGGAGCGUGCCAACGAGCAGCUGCAGGACGAGAAUCGAACUACAGCAGACAGGUGUCGCGAAACGGCUGACAAGGUCUACGCCCUCAUGGACUCCUUGCGGCUGAAUCAGGUGGAGCUCAAGAAGCUGGAGGCCGAGAAUGCCUCCAGGGACAAGAAGCUCCUUGCCCUGGAGCGGCAAACACAGAAUCUGCAGGCAAAGAUCACCAUGGAGAUUGAUGCCAAGGUCUUGGCUGAGCAGGAGCGGAAGGAGGCAGAGCAGGAGGCCGUCGUUCUUAAAAAGAAGAACAAGAAAAUCGAGGACAACGUGACUGUCUCCCAAGGAGCACAGGAGAAGGCAGAGAAGGAAAUCUCCGAGCUGAACGACCGAGUAGGCCAGCUGCAGACCCAGAACGCCUACUUGGCCAGUCGAAUUGAUGGCCAAGAAGAGGAGAAAUCUUCCCUGAAGGUGGAGAUUAAGAAAGUCGCUGACAAAGCCAGCGAACUCUCCGGGGAGAACAGCAGGUUGCGAGAUGAGAUCGACUCCUUUGAGGAGAAGGCUGCCACGACAGUCAACGAUACAGAAGCCUUCAAGAAAGAGUUAGAGUACAUCAAGCGCGAAGAUGUACUAGAUGAAGCAGGAAGGCAGCGGCCCAUCCUCAUCCAAUCGACAGAGUCAGAUCUCCUGGAGAAGCUGCAGGUCAACGAGUUCCUCUACGAGGCCCAGCAGGCUCGCAACCCUGUACCUCCCAUGAUUGAGAAGAUCGCACAGCUCCUGGCGAUGCUUCACGAGGGGCAGCAGCGUAGCGAUGCCUACCUUGGGGAUCUCUCGAAAUCCAACGCGCUGGUGUCAGCCAUGCGCCAGAGGAACAUGUCGCUGUUCGGCCGGACGCAGAUGUUCGAGUCCUUCAAGUCGCGGGCCCUCAUGAGAUAUGUCAUGAACAUGGUCGAGGGCGAGCGAAUUCACGACUUGCACUUGGAUGGCCUGAGCUUCGGCCUGCGUGAGAUCAAGGAGAUGCUCGGCCUCUUCACGCGCUAUGAGUGCUUUGAGCAGGUCUACGUUCUGAGCUUGAUCGACAACGGUCUCGAUGAUGUCUAUCCGGCACUCUUUAUCAUCUUGUUUGCGGUAUAG